AGCCAAUCCCGAACCAAAGCCAUUAUCCACUAGUAAUUUAGUACUAAGAAAAUGAGAAAUCUUAGCAUCAUUCUAGCUUCAUUCUUGUUCUCGACCGUGGUUGCAAUUUCAUUUGCAGCUUCUGAUCAUUCUGUCCAUCAGACAUUUGUUCAAUGUCUACAAAAGCAUUCUUCACCCAACAUUUCUGCAGUAAUUUACACCCCAAACAACUCUUCAUUUCCCACUGUUUUGCAAGCCUACAUCAGAAAUCUAAGAUUCAAUGAGUCCACCACAAGAAAGCCUUUCCUCAUCCUCACUGCUUUGGAUGUUUCUCAUAUCCAAGCAGCUAUCAUCUGCGCAAAAGCGCAAGGCCUACAGAUGAAAACCCGAAGUGGAGGGCAUGACUAUGAGGGCGUUUCCUACAUCUCUGAAGUCCCCUUCUUCAUCCUUGACUUGUUCAACAUUCGAUCAAUCAGUGUUAACAUAGAAGAAGAGACAGCUUGGGUUCAAGUUGGAGCAACUCUUGGUGAAGUAUACUACAGAAUUUAUGAGAAAAGCAAAGUUCAUGGCUUCCCUGCCGGAGUUUGUCCCACAGUUGGCGUUGGGGGGCAUUUCAGUGGGGGUGGCUACGGCAACAUGAUGAGGAAAUAUGGCCUUUCAGUAGACAAUAUUAUUGAUGCACAAAUCAUCGGUGUGAAUGGCCGAAUUCUAGACCGAGCAGCAAUGGGAGAAGAUCUGUUCUGGGCUAUCACUGGAGGUGGAGCUUCGAGUUUUGGAGUUGCUCUUGCAUACAAGAUAAAUCUGGUCCGUGUUCCCCCUAAAGUUACAGUGUUCAGGGUGGAAAGGACUUAUGAGCAAAAUGCAACGUUUCUUGUUCACAGGUGGCAGGAAGUUGCAGACAAGUUAGACAAUGACAUCUUCAUAAGAAUGAUUAUUGAUGUGGUCAAUAAUAAUCGUACAGGAGGUAAAACUAUAAGAUCAGCGUUCUUCACGCUGUUCUUGGGAGACUCGGCAAGACUUCUUUCUCUGAUGAAUGAAAGUUUUCCUGAAUUGGGAUUGCGGCAAUCAGAUUGCAUGGAGAUGAGUUGGGCUGAAUCUGUAAUUUACUACACCAGCUUCCCCCUUGGAACUCCUGUUGAUAUGCUUCUUAGCAGAGUUCCUCAAGUACUAACUCACCUGAAAAGGAAAUCUGAUUAUUUGAAAAAGCCUAUGCCAAUAGAAGGCAUAGAAUUCAUCUUCAAGAAAAUGAUUGAAUUGCAGACUCCAGUCUUGACUUUCAAUCCUUAUGGAGGAAGAAUGGCCGAGAUUCCAGCCUCGGCCAAACCCUUUCCCCAUAGAGCUGGGAAUAUUGCAAAGAUUCAGUAUGCAACAAACUGGGAUCAAAAUGGUGUCCAGACGGCCGAGUAUUACAUCAAUUUGACCAGAGCUUUACAUAAAUAUAUGACUCCUUUUGUCUCCAAGUUCCCCAGGGAAGCAUUUCUCAAUUACAGAGAUCUUGAUAUAGGGAUCACCCAUAAUGGCAAGAACAGUUACGCGGAGGGACUUGUUUAUGGAAUUAAGUACUUCAAGGAAAAUUUUAACAGAUUGGUAAAAGUUAAGACCGCGGUUGAUCCUGACAAUUUCUUCAGGAAUGAACAAACCAUUCCGGUGUCUCCUUCUAGGAAAUACUAACAAUAAAGAAGUUAUCAUGUAGCUUUGGUUUUGUUGAUUGUUGUUUUUGUUUUUGCUUUCUGUAAUUUAUUUGGAUUGCAAACUGCAAAGUGUCAUAAAUGAUUCUACACAAAGCACACAGAAUAAAGAUUAUUUUGUCAAAGUUUU